AUGGCAAACAAGUUCCACGUUCGCUCAAAUAGUUUUCCUUGUGGAUCUCAUCCUAGCACCGUUAGAGUAGAGGAGGAGCUCACCAAGCUCAAAACAUGGGAAGCCACAUCCACAUCCACAUUAAAGUCAAUUGCCGCAGGCUUUUCCUUGCUUGAAGAUUUGUAUAUUUGCAUGGAAGAUCUUCUUAAUGUGGCAUCAACCCAAAAGGUUAUUUCCCAACAUCAAGGUGAGAAAUGCGUGGAAGAACUGUUGGAUGGUUCCGUGAGAAUUUUGGAUAUCUGUGGCAUCACAAGGGAUAUCAUGUCUCAAAUUAAGGAAAAUGUUCAAGCCCUUCAUUCUUCUCUUCGAAGGAGAAAGGGGGAUUCAAGUAUUGAAAGAAGUGUAGCUGAAUAUAAUUUGUUCUCAAAAAAGAUGAAAAAGAAUGCCAAGAAGUUGAUCACAUCUUUGAAGCAGAUGGAUAGCAAAUUUGGAGUAUCCCCACUCUUGAAUCAAGAUCAGCAACUUGCUUCUUUGGUUAAAGUGCUUAAGGAAGUGAUUGUAAUAAACAUGGCUAUCUUCCAAUCCCUUUUAGCUUUCCUGGCCGUGCCUCCUUCAAAGUCAAAGGCACCCAAAUGGUUUCUUUUUGCAAAAUUAACGCAUAAGGGGGUGAUAGCAUGUGAAGAGAGCCAAGAGAAUUUCAAUGAGUUGCAGUGUGUAGAAGCAUCUUUAAGUACCCUCCUAAGUGAAGGUAACAAUGGUGCAAAGAUUCAGGCUGCACGUCAAAGAUUAGAGGCUUUGGAGAAUACCAUUGAAUGUCUAGAAAAUGGUUUGGAGAGCGUAUUUAGGCGUAUGGUUAAAACGAGAGUCUUCCUUUUGAACAUAAUGACUCAAUAG